CGUCUCCACGUAGCCAUGGAAGCAUGACCCGCGCGCCACGUUCAUCCCAUGCAACUUCAUUCCUCGCCGUUUCCGCCUACUCAUCGUUUCUUCCGACCCUAUAAAUGCACCCCGUUGUUAUCCCUCUCCACUCAUCGACCAGGCUUUCCCUCGAUCGCCAUGGCUACUAAGUUCAAAGGAUUGCUCGUUUUCCUCGCAGUAGUUCUCUUCGUGUCCUCCAGCGUAGCCCUGUCCUUCGAAGACGUCCUCGGCGACAACCCAAAGGGCGACCCCGAGCAGCGGCUGGAGCAAUGCCGGCAACAAUGCCAGCGUCAGCAGCACGGCCAGCAGCAGAGGAUGCGAUGCGAGCGCUCCUGCGAUGAGAAAUACCAGAAAGAGAGGAAGCAGCAGCAGGAGCGAGAGCAGCAAGGCGAGGAUCGUGAGCGUGACCCCGCUGCGCUCCGAGAGUGCCGCGACGACUGCCGAAAGCAGGAGUACGACCGGAGCCAGCAGCAGAGGUGCGAACGGUGGUGCGAGGAGCAGUACCGCGAGGAGCGCGGACGCCAUCAGGGAAACCCUCGUCGCCGGGAGGGAGAGCGGGAAGAAGAAGAAGAAGAGCAAGAAGAAGAAGAGCACAACCCCUAUCUCUUCGACCGCGAGAGCUUCCGUUGGAUAGAGAAAACAGAGCACGGCGACAUAAGAGUCCUCCCCAACUUCCUGGAGAAGUCCAAGCUGCUGUUAGGCAUCGCCAAUUACCGCAUCAUGUUGACCCAGUUGAAGCCGCAUGGCUUCGCGCUGCCGAAACACUUGGACGCUGAUGCCAUCGCCUACGUCGCCCAAGGAUCGGGAGUCAUCACUCUCAUUUGCCAGGACAAGAGGGAAACCUACGAGCUCCAACAGGGAGGCAUCAUAAAGGUUCCUGCAGGAGCCAUCGAGUACGUGGCCAACAAGGACAGCCGCGAGAAGCUCGUCUUGAUCGAGCUCCUAAUACCCGUCUCAACUCCUGGUCUCUUCGAGUUAUUCUAUGGCGCGGGAGCACAGAACUUUCUCAGGAGCUUCAGUGACGAGAUCCUCGAGGCGGCUUUCAAUACGCGGAGAGAUCGAUUGCAGAGGCUGCUCGGGCAACAGAAGAAAGCGGGCAUCGUGAGGGCGUCGGAGGAGCAGAUCCAUGGCCUGAGCCGCCGCGCAUCCGAAGGCCGGCAAUGGCCGUUUGGAGAAUCCAAGGGCACAUUCAAUCUCCUAAGGAAGCGCCCGUCUCACUCGAGCAAGCGUGGCCACAUGUACCAAGCCGACGGCAACGACUACCAACCGCUGAAACAGCACGACGUCCAAGUUUCCUAUGCUAAUAUAACUCAGGGUUCUAUGAUUGCGCCGUCGUUCAACAGCCGGGCGAUCAAGAUCGUGAUGAUCGUGGAGGGAGAAGGCUACAUCGAGACGAUAUGCCCUCGCUCGUCCAACAGAAGGCAGAGCAGGGAGCGGGAAGGUCAGAGAGAGGAGGAAGGUCAAGGACAAUGGUUCAAAAGGGUGAGGUCCCACGUGCGACCGGGGUCGUUGGUGGUCAUCCCGCCGGGUCAACCGUCGGUGACCGUGGCGUCUACCGGUGGGCGCGAAAGGGGCAACUUUGAGGCGAUCUGCUUCGACAUCUGCGCGGAGAAGAACGAGAGGAACUUCUUGGCGGGGAGAAACAACGUGUGGAACCAGAUGGGGAGGGUGGCGAAGGAGCUGGCGUUCGACAUGCCGGAGAAGGAAGUGGACGAGGUGCUGCAGUCGCAGAAAGAGCAGAUUAUAGUUGCAGGGCCGGAGGAGCGAGAGGGCGGCGGUCAUCGCCGGAACCUGCCGGUGCUGGAGGUCGCUGCGGCGUUUAUGUAAAUAAAAAUGGCGAGAGUGCGCUGCUGUAGUGUACAACGUUAAGAGGUCGAGUGUACUACGCUAAUAAAAUCUUGACCAUCGAAUAAAAUCCCUAGAUUUUGUUCUGUUCG